CGCACUCGGAGGCCGGCCGGCGGACGCGGUGUGGGUGCGCGGGGCGCGCGGGCGGCUGAGCGGCGCGGGACCACGAGCCCGGCUUCGGGUGCGACCGGCGUUCCUCGGGCGGCGGAGGCGGAGCGGCGGAGCGGGCUCCGGGCGAGGUCUUACUUUGUGUCCGAGACUGUUUGAGAAAUCACUGUAUCCUGGGCUGGCUGUUACCUCAAGCUGGAGACCAUGGCCAAAAUGGAGGUGAAAUCCUCACUUCUGGACAAUAUGAUUGGCGUUGGAGAUAUGGUUCUUUUAGAGCCUCUCAAUGAGGAGACAUUCAUCGACAACCUCAAGAAGCGCUUUGAUCACAAUGAGAUCUAUACAUACAUUGGGAGUGUGGUUAUAUCUGUUAACCCCUACCGGUCUUUGCCCAUUUAUUCGCCUGAGAAAGUGGAAGAUUACAGAAACAGAAAUUUUUAUGAGCUGAGCCCUCACAUCUUUGCUUUGUCAGAUGAGGCAUACAGAUCCCUCCGUGAUCAAGAUAAAGACCAGUGCAUUCUCAUUACAGGGGAGAGCGGAGCAGGAAAAACAGAGGCCAGCAAGCUUGUCAUGUCCUAUGUCGCAGCCGUGUGUGGAAAAGGAGCCGAAGUUAACCAAGUAAAGGAGCAGCUUCUCCAGUCCAACCCUGUCCUGGAAGCUUUUGGGAAUGCCAAGACUGUAAGGAAUGACAACUCCUCUAGAUUUGGCAAAUAUAUGGACAUUGAAUUCGACUUUAAAGGCGACCCACUGGGAGGGGUGAUAAGCAACUAUCUGCUAGAGAAAUCCCGUGUUGUCAAGCAGCCGAGAGGGGAAAGAAACUUCCAUGUGUUCUAUCAGCUGCUGUCCGGGGCCUCCGAGGAGCUCCUCCACAAGCUUAAACUCGAGCGGGAUUUCAGCAGAUACAACUACCUGAGUCUGGACUCUGCCAAAGUUAACGGUGUGGAUGACGCCGCCAACUUCAGGACCGUGAGGAAUGCCAUGCAGAUCGUGGGCUUCAUGGAUCACGAGGCUGAGUCUGUCCUGGAGGUAGUAGCAGCCGUUUUGAAACUGGGGAACAUCGAGUUCAAGCCCGAAUCACGAGUGAAUGGUUUGGAUGAAAGCAAAAUCAAAGAUAAAAACGAGUUAAAAGAAAUCUGUGAGCUCACCAGCAUCGACCAGUUGGUUCUAGAAAGAGCAUUCAGUUUCCGAACAGUUGAAGCGAAGCAGGAGAAGGUUUCCACCACACUGAACGUGGCUCAGGCUUAUUAUGCCCGAGAUGCCCUGGCUAAAAACCUCUACAGCAGAUUGUUUUCAUGGCUGGUAAAUCGCAUCAAUGAAAGCAUUAAGGCACAAACCAAAGUGAGAAAGAAGGUCAUGGGUGUUCUGGACAUUUAUGGCUUUGAAAUAUUUGAGGACAACAGUUUUGAGCAAUUCAUUAUUAAUUAUUGUAAUGAAAAGCUUCAACAAAUCUUCAUCGAACUCACCCUGAAAGAAGAGCAAGAGGAGUACAUACGGGAGGACAUAGAAUGGACCCACAUCGACUACUUCAACAAUGCCAUCAUUUGUGACCUGAUAGAGAAUAACACAAAUGGAAUCUUGGCCAUGCUGGAUGAAGAGUGCCUGAGGCCUGGCACCGUCACUGACGAGACCUUCCUGGAGAAGCUGAACCAAGUGUGCGCCACCCACCAGCACUUCGAGAGCAGGAUGAGCAAAUGCUCCCGAUUCCUCAACGACACCUCCUUGCCUCACAGCUGCUUCCGAAUCCAGCACUACGCUGGCAAGGUGCUGUACCAGGUGGAAGGAUUUGUUGACAAGAAUAAUGAUUUGCUCUACCGAGACCUGUCUCAAGCCAUGUGGAAGGCUGGCCAUGCCCUCAUCAAGUCUCUGUUCCCUGAAGGGAAUCCCGCAAAGGUCAACCUGAAAAGACCUCCUACAGCAGGGUCACAGUUCAAGGCAUCCGUGGCCACUCUGAUGAAAAACCUACAGACCAAGAAUCCGAACUACAUCAGGUGCAUCAAGCCGAAUGAUAAAAAAGCAGCACACAUUUUCAAUGAGAGCCUCGUAUGCCAUCAGAUCAGGUACCUGGGGCUUUUGGAGAACGUUCGAGUAAGACGAGCAGGCUAUGCUUUCAGGCAGGCCUAUGAACCUUGCCUGGAGAGAUACAAGAUGCUUUGCAAGCAAACAUGGCCUCACUGGAAAGGACCAGCAAGGUCUGGUGUGGAGGUUCUGUUUAAUGAGCUAGAGAUUCCUGUGGAGGAGUACUCCUUUGGCAGAUCCAAGAUAUUCAUCAGAAACCCGAGAACGUUAUUCCAAUUAGAAGACCUAAGGAAGCAGCGGCUGGAGGACCUGGCCACUCUCAUUCAGAAGAUUUAUCGAGGAUGGAAAUGCCGGACACAUUUCCUGCUCAUGAAAAAAAGCCAGGUUGUGAUUUCCGCCUGGUACAGGAGAUAUGCGCAACAAAAGCAGUAUCAGCAGAUAAAGAGCUCAGCCUUGGUGAUCCAGUCUUAUAUCCGGGGCUGGAAGGCUCGAAAAAUCCUGCGGGAGCUGAAGCAUCAGAAGCGCUGUAAGGAGGCCGCCACCACCAUCGCAGCCUACUGGCAUGGCACCCAGGCGCGAAGGGAGCUGAGACGGCUGAAGGAGGAGGCUAGGAAUAAACAUGCUAUUGCAGUUAUUUGGGCUUACUGGCUUGGAUCGAAGGCUCGGAGGGAAUUGAAACGCUUGAAGGAGGAGGCUAGGCGUAAGCAUGCAGUUGCUGUCAUUUGGGCUUACUGGCUUGGACUGAAGGUACGAAGGGAAUACAGGAAAUUUUUUAGAGCAAAUGCUGGAAAGAAAAUCUAUGAGUUCACACUUCAAAGAAUUGUACAAAAAUACUUGUUGGAAAUGAAAAAUAAGAUGCCUUCCUUAUCACCAAUAGACAAAAAUUGGCCAUCAAGACCUUACCUGUUCUUGGAUUCAACUCACAAGGAACUAAAAAGGAUCUUCCACCUGUGGAGGUGUAAAAAAUACAGGGACCAGUUCACAGACCAGCAGAAACUUGUUUAUGAAGAGAAGCUAGAGGCCAGUGAGCUCUUCAAAGACAAGAAGGCCUUAUAUCCUUCUAGUGUUGGGCAACCAUUCCAAGGAGCUUACCUGGAAAUCAACAAGAACCCAAAAUAUAAGAAACUCAAAGAUGCCAUUGAAGAGAAGAUCAUUAUCGCUGAAGUUGUGAACAAAAUUAACCGUGCUAAUGGGAAGAGCACAUCCCGGAUUUUCCUCUUAACAAACAAUAACCUUCUCCUUGCUGAUCAAAAGUCCGGGCAGAUCAAGUCUGAGGUCCCCCUGGUGGAUGUGACCAAGGUCUCCAUGAGCUCACAGAAUGAUGGUUUCUUUGCAGUCCACCUCAAGGAGGGCUCGGAAGCAGCUAGUAAAGGAGACUUUCUCUUCAGCAGUGACCACCUGAUUGAAAUGGCCACCAAGCUGUACCGCACGACUCUCAGCCAAACCAAACAGAAGCUCAAUAUCGAGAUUUCCGAUGAGUUCCUGGUACAGUUCAGACAGGACAAGGUGUGUGUGAAGUUUAUUCAAGGAAGCCAGAAGAAUGGGAGUGUGCCAACCUGCAAACGGAAGAACAACAGGCUCCUGGAGGUCGCUGUCCCUUAAGUGCGGCUCCUCGGCCCUCAUGGACUGUCUCUUUGUAAUAGUGCAAUUUGAUUUGGCUUUAUUUGGGGCUCACUGUAUGGGAAUUGCCAAAGGCUAGCUGUUAAGAGUCCUUUGUCAAAAUUAAAAGUAUUUGGCUAAUCGGUUUUAAUUCUUGGAAUAGUUAAUUCUUAAGUCCACAUUCUGUCCUGGGCAGGAUUAUAGAAAUUAACAGUGUCUGUUUCCAUGUCAUAUGUGUUUUCUCCUUAGUUACCAUUUCAGACAUGUGUAUCCUAAACCCACAUAUUACCCGUAAAUCAUUAGUACAUGUAAGCGUAGGCGGGGGCUUACAUUCAUUUAUCAGCUAUUUAUUGAAGGCCUACUUUUUGCUGGGCACUAUGCUGAACUUAUUAGGAGCCUUUCUAUUUCUAAAGCUGUUGCCUUCUGGCUGAUUUGUGCUGGCAAAACAACAGCUAAGAAGGUUAAGAGGUUGAGGCCAAGUGAUACUUCUAGUGCUGAGAGUGUCGGUAGGAACCCAGUAGACUGGGGUAAACAGUAGACACACUGAGAGGCCAUGGUCCUGGGAGGAGUAGAGAUAGGCGAUUGGGUAAAGUUUCCUUACGUUUUGUUUGUUUUGUUUUGUUUUGUUUUUAAUCUAUUUGAAAAAGAGACAACUGACAUUUAGAUAUAAACCUCGGUUUGUUCAGGUCCCCUGUGAUUACCUUCUGUUAGAAAACAGAAGUCAUUCUCCGUUUAGACAAGGUAACUGAAGCAGACCAGCAGAAUGCAUUGUUCUGGUUGCAGAGGAGCUUGAGGUAGGACCCUAGAAGUCCACAGUGUACCCCUCAGUCAUUAGCUUUUGAAGUGACACAGUAAGAAAGGGCUGAGAGCUCAGAGUGGCAGAUCUUCUCUUUGACGUGCAAUAAGACAUCCAAGAUCACUUUUGAAAGUUUUAUUUAUAAUAUACUUUUUUUUUGUAUGAGAGAGCUGAUUGGUACAGGGUGUGUAUUUUAGUAAAAAAUCAAAAUUAAGUUAGAAUUAGUUUUCAGGGCUUUUGGUUUUUUUGUUUUAUUUUUAUUCUUUCUUCAAAAUUUCCAACAAGGAUUCACUUUGGAAAGCACAUUUUAAACUCUGGAAUUAAAUUGUUUCUUAUUUGGGAUGAUAAUGUAUAUACAUUGGCAUUGUGUUAAAUAAUAAAAUUGUUCUAAUUUGGUGCCA